AACACCAACACCAAAAAGGGGAAAGCAAGCAAAUCGCAAGCAAUCGCGCGGCGUCGCCGACUCGCCGGCGGCGAAUCCACCGACGAGCAAUCCAGCCCCCCAAUCCCGCCGCCGCACCACCGCGCAUACGAUCCGCCAGGAAGGAAGGAAUGGCGUCGUCUUCGGAUCCAUGGGUGAGGGAGUACAGCGAGGCGUCCAGGCUCGCGGAUGACGUCACCUCCAUGAUCGCCGAUAGGGGUUCGCUCCCGCAGUCGGGGCCGGAGAUCAUGCGCCACACCUCGGCCAUUCGGAGGAAGAUAACCAUCCUCGGGACUAGGCUCGAUAGCCUCGAGGCCUUGCUGUCCAGGAUUCCUCCCAAGUCCAUCACGGACAAGGAGUUGCAUAAGCGACAAGACAUGCUUUCAAAUCUGAAAUCUAGAGCAAAGCAGAUGGCUACAAGUUUCAACAUGUCAAACUUUGCAAACAGGGAGGAUUUGCUUGGUCAGAGUAAGAAAGCAGCUGAUGAUAUGAGUAGAGUAGCUGGUUUGGAUAACCAAGGAAUCGUUUCACUUCAGAGGCAAGUUAUGAAAGAACAAGAUGAGGGUCUUGAGAAGCUGGAAGAGACAGUACUGAGCACAAAACAUAUUGCUCUAGCAGUCAAUGAAGAACUUACCCUGCAUACAAGAUUGAUUGAUGAUUUGGAUGAUUAUGUUGAUGUUACAAACUCACGUCUUCAGCGCGUGCAAAAGAGGCUUGCUAUUCUGAAUAAGCGCGUCAAAGGUGGCUGCUCGUGCAUGGCCCUGCUGAUAUCUGUCGUUGCUAUAGUGUUUCUUGCGGUCAUUGCUUGGCUUCUCAUCAAGCACCUGUAACCUGUGUCUAACUCAAAUCAGUUUGAAAUGUGCAGUCUUUCAAAGAUGUGGAUGCUCCCAUCUCAUCUCUGUUUCGUGAGAGUGUGGAAAAUGGAAUAUAAUUGCAACAAAUCUUCGUUCAGAAGAUGUGCAAAAAGUAUGUUGCAACGUUGCAUUGACACUUGCCAACAAUUUGUAUAGAGCGUAUUGCCUUUCUGUCGUAAUCU